AUGGCGUUGCGCGCCCCUCUCAUCCGCGCCUGCCACCAGCCAUCGUCGACGCUUUCCUUUGCUUCCCCCACCUCGGCAUGGUCGCAGCACGCUCCGCAAUGGCGAAGAGGGAAUGCCACGGCUGUUCCGCCUGUGCCACCAGUCACGCAGAAUGCUACUGGCUCUAAGGGCCCAACUGCCAUGGUCUUCAUGAACAUGGGAGGUCCUUCCACAACAGACGAAGUCGGCGAUUUCCUUAGUAGACUCUUCGCCGAUGCCGACCUGAUACCCCUCGGGCGUCUUCAGAACUACAUAGGACCUCUCAUUGCGCGCCGGCGUACUCCGAAGAUCCAGAAACAAUAUGCAGAAAUCGGUGGCGGCUCUCCCAUUCGCAAAUGGUCCGAGUUCCAAGCCGCUGAAAUGUGCAAGAUUCUCGACCACACAUCACCCGAAACGGCGCCUCACAAGCCCUAUGUUGCCUUCCGAUACGCCAACCCAUUGACCGAACACAUGUACGAGCAAUUGCUGCAAGAUGGGUUCGGGGCUGGCAAAGGUGGCAGGGCCGUGGCCUUCACCCAGUACCCCCAAUAUUCGUGCUCGACGACCGGAUCAUCUCUCAACGAGCUUUGGAAGUGGCGGAACAGGCUGGAAGGGAAGCGUGCGACCGGGGAAGUCAAUCCUGAGGGCGCCAUCAAGUGGAGCGUCAUCGACCGAUGGCCUGUGCAUCCGGGACUUGUGGAUGCUUUCGCAAAAAACAUCGAGGAAACGCUGGCCACUUACCCCGAGGACCGCAGGGAUAACGUCGUUCUGCUGUUCUCCGCCCACAGUUUGCCCAUGUCCGUGGUCAAUCGCGGCGACCCAUACCCCGCGGAAGUGGGGGCUACUGUUCACGCUGUCAUGCAUCGCAUUGGCAUGAAGCAUCCUUACCGCCUCGUCUGGCAGUCGCAGGUUGGCCCGCAGCCUUGGCUAGGCGCUCAAACGGUCGACACUGUAGAGUCGCUCAUGAAGAAAGGGCAGACAGACAUCAUCUUGAUCCCUAUUGCGUUCACAAGCGACCACAUCGAAACCCUGUACGAGCUGGACAAGGAGAUUAUUGGAGAAACAGCAGAGGGUCAUGAAGGCGUCAAGCGUGUGGAGAGCUUAAAUGGCAACCCAGUAUUCAUUAGCGCGCUCGCUGAUAUUGCCAAAGCCCACCUCGAGAGCGGAUCGGCUUGUAGCCCUCAAAUGCAGUUGCGGUGUCCUGGAUGCGUGAGUGAGCGGUGUCUGGAGCAGAAGAAGUUCUUCGCAGGGCAGGCGAGGCAUCUGUAG